AUGGAGUCGUUAAAGGAGGUGCCAUGGGCUUUGGCGAACCCUCAUUUAACAUUGAGUAUUCCAUCGGAUGAACGAAUCUCAAAACGGGCACCUAGAAAAAAGGGAAAGAGAAAACCAAGGAAGCCCAUUCAUAGUCUUGUAUCCAUUGUGUCCAACCUCCAUUUGCUCACUGGAGUGCCGACUUUUGCACGGUGGCCACUUACCCUGCACUUCUUUUUAAAAGAGGCCAAGAUGAAGUGGGAUGCCUGGCUCGUGUCUAAAGACGCAGGACCUCGGGAAGGCCUCAGGAUUAUGACUGAUUACAAACCAGAAGGAGACUCGGAAGAACCAUGGGGUAUUCAUGCGCUGCCUCUCGACUACGCACCUCUGAAACCCUAUGUUGAAAAGGCGCAGAACAUUGUUUCGUUUGAACGCCAAGGAGAUUGUGUGCAUUGCCACGAACCGCUAGAGUCAGGAAUCGGCCUUCAUCCAAUAUGUCCUCACCAAGGGUGCGAAGCCAUGGGUCAUCUGGAAUGCUGGGGGAAAUAUGCUCUGCAAGGUGAAGACAAGGGUGUUAUGGUACCGCUGUCCUGUAGUUGUCCGAGCUGCAAUGGGAAUAUCAAUUGGAUUGAUAUGAUGAAAGAGCUGACACUUCGUGUACGGGGGCCGAAAGAGGUAACGAAACUGCUUAAGAAGCCACGGCGUACAAAGAAGGUUAUAGCGGCUGAAGCCGAGGCUGAGGAGGACAUUUGA